UGUGGAGAGACGCCAGGGACUACAGUGACGACGUCGACCCUCAGUCAGGACAUCGUCACGGUCAACCUUGGUCUCCUCCGCAGUCCAUAUCCCAAUCAGCGGUCCACCGUUCAACUUGCCAGAAUGGCGCCAACCGACCAUCCUACUUCGACAUGGGAACCCAUGCAGGACGGCACCGUGUUCUACAGGAAACAAGAGUUGUACUCUAUGCAGUGGAAGGUCCAGGAUUUAUCCGACUUCAAGGUUGUUGGUGCACGAUAUGGCGGUCCGCUUGCGAUUAUACGGGACGAGCACAAGGUGAUCGCGCUCGGAGGGGCGCAGAGAUUCACCAAGCCCCAGAUCCAGGUUUACAGCUCUUCAGGUGGACUGAUCUCUACCCUCUCUUGGGAUCAAGGCAAGAUCAUUUGCAUGGGUUGGGCAUACGACGAGCGACUCGUCGUCCUGUCCGAAGAAGGGCUCUAUAGGGUGUACGAUCUUCAAGGGGAGUAUGAACAGUUCUCGCUCGGCGCAGAGGCACUGGAGGAAGGAGUAGUUGAAGCGCAAGUGCACGAGACUGGUUUGGUUGCACUGACGGGCAGCCUCAAUUUCUUGGAAGUGCGCAGUUGGGAGGGCGGCAAGGCCCAGACGUUGGCUUCUUCUGGACUGUCCACUCCCCCACAUUGCUGGACGAUCAUGCCGCCCGAACUCACCGUCAGCAGGCAUGUAGAGGUGCUCAUCUCAACAGACUCGACGAUCCUCAUGCUGGAUAACCUGGAGUGUAUCGACCAGCGCGUUUCCCGCGGCCCAUUCACAUUCCUUGCCCCCUCCCCGAAUGGGAAGGCCCUCGCACUUCUCACCGCACAAAACGUCCUCUGGGUCGUCUCGUCCGACUUCCAAGGGGAGCUCGCCGAGUCCGACCUCUCGCUCGAAGGCGUCUCAGGCCCACCGAAGCAGAUGGUCUGGUGUGGGAACGAUAGCUUGGUAUUGGUGUGGGAUGCUUUGGUGCUGAUGAUGGGACCGUUUGGGGACGCGCUGAGGUAUUUUUAUGCCUCUCCGGUGCAUGCGAUUGGUGAAAUCGACGGGACGCGUAUCGUCGGGGCAGAGAAGUGCGAUUUCCUGCAGCGAGUGCCCUCAUCUACUGAUGCCGUCUUCCGCCCCGGUUCUACCUCCCCUGCUGCAACCCUCUUCGAUGCGAUGACACACUUCGAGCGUAAAUCUCCAAAAGCUGACGAGAACAUUCGCAGUAUCCGUCCGGAGUUGGUAGCCGCCGUAGACGCGUGCAUUGACGCGGCCGCUCAGGAGUGGGAGCCAUAUUGGCAGAAGAAGCUUCUAAAUGCUGCUUCUUUUGGACGAGCGUUCUUGGAUUUAUACGACCCUUCCGAGUUUGUCGCAGUUGGGCAGACGCUCAAGGUGCUCAAUGCUGCAAGAUACUAUGAGAUCGGCAUACCCAUUACAUAUACCCAAUAUCAACAUACCUCUCCUGAGCAUCUCAUCGCCCGCCUGACCUCGCGCAACCUUCACCUCCUCGCCCUUCGCGUCUCUUCCUACCUCCAGAUCAAAGCCGAUCCCGUCCUGAAGCACUGGGCGUGCGCCAAGAUCGCCCAGACGAAGGGCAUCUCCGUGAGUGAGAAGGACGACGAUGACAUCGUACAGACAAUUGUGAGCAAGUUCAAAGGCCAGUAUGGGGUUAGUUAUGCGGAUAUCGCGAGGAGGGCAUGGCAACUUGGAAGGACGAGGUUGGCCACAAGGUUGCUGGAUCAUGAACCUAGAGCAGAGGAUCAGGUCCCGCUACUGCUGAGCAUGAAAGAGGAUCGCCUUGCACUGAAAAAGGCCAUCGACAGCGGAGACACCGACAUGGUAUACCACGUUCUUCUCACCCUCAAGAAGCGUCUCAACCUAGGAGACUUCUUCCGCUUAUUGGAGGACGGCGGCCCGGAGUUAGCCCCUGCCGCAAGCCUCUUGCAGGUCUAUGCUCGACAACAGAAUCGAGAACUGCUCCGGGAUUUCUACUUCCAGGAUGACAGAAGGACGGAGAGUGCCAUUUUGAAACUCGAGGAGGCUGCCGAGGCGAAUGAUGUGGUUGAUCGGACUGCGGCUAUUCGUGCUGCUGGCAAGUCGUUUUCGGAAGACAAAGAUAGGGGCUUCGAAGCCAGGAUGAUGGACGAGCACUCGAAGCUAUUGAUACUUCAGCAGGCCUUUGAGAAAGAUGCGGAUGGCAGAGUUGAGUUCAUUGGACUCAGCAUAAACGAUACUAUCUACAAGUGCAUCACAACUGGGCAGUCGAAGAAGGCAGAGAAGGUGAGGAGUGACUGGAGAGUUCCAGACAAGAGGUUCUGGUACAUCAAGCUACACGCUCUUACGGAAGCACGAGAUUGGGAAGGCCUGGACGCGUUCGCAAAGCAGAAGCGCAGCCCAAUCGGCUACGAAGCCUUUGUCAACCAUCUGGUGUCCAAGGGCUUCCCGAACCAGGCGAAGAACUUCGUCCCUCGAUGCGACGCUAAGCAACGAAUAGACCUCUAUAUCAAGUGCGGGGAUUGGAGAGCUGCAGGAGCCGAAUGUAAAGAGCGAGGAGACAAGAAUCGGCUCGAUCAAUUGAGACGCAUGGCACCGAAUGGGCUUGUUCAAAGGGAACUGGAUCAGAUUGCAUCGACGAUGAAUGCUAGAUGA